AUGCAUUGUUGGAAAGGUGUAUUGGUGCACACGGUCUUCGUGCUUGCUCAGCCUACCUAUCUGGCAGUUCGAAGCCUUCUCGAUCCCAGCUAUUUCAGCCAUGUAUCAGCACCAUGGCUCAUCAGUACUGCUAUUACCUGGAUGUACGUGGUUACGCAGAUCAGCAUCCCCUUCUUCACUUCGCCGCUACGACAUCUACCGUCUCCAGCAGGUGAUAGAUUACCCAUUGGCCACUUCGACCUCAAUGGAGGUAAACCGCCAACAGAUAAGAUCGUGAAUAUGUUCCGGAAUACACCAAAUGACGGUCUGCUCGUGCUAUGGUAUCCAUUCUAUCUCUAUAGUCAGGUCAUUCCAACUCGUCCAGACACGCUCAUGGACAUGCUGCACACGCACAGCUACGAUUGGGAAAAGCCUCCGACAUUCAGGGCAAUCAUCAAAAGGACGCUAGGUGAAGGACUUGUUGGUGCUGAAGGUGAUCAACACAAGGCCAUGCGGAGAGCUGUUGCACCCGCCUUCUCGGGCCAUCACGUCCGAGAACUUUGCAGUCUCUUCUAUUCUAAAGGACUGGUCUUCACUAAUUUCAUAGCUCGCGAAGUCAAAGCCUCGGCAGAUGAAUCGCUGGAAUUGUCAGGCCGAAUGUCCCGCGUGACAUUAGAUAUUAUUGGCGCAGCGGGCAUAGGCAAAGACUUUAGAACGAUUGACAACGAUGAGGACCCUUUCGCAAAGUCGUAUGCUUUGAUAACAGACACGAGCGGCGGCAUGCCGUUGUUGUCCUUUGUGAUCAACACUUUUGCUCCAGAAUGGUUGAUUGAGCGACUCAAAGGGACCAGGUACGCGCGAGUCGCGGAAGUACAAGCACAAAUGAGGAAGCACGCUCGUGCAUUGGUACAAGAGAAAAAGCAGAUGAAGCCGGAAGAAUUGGAACAACAGCGAGAUAUCAUUGGAAUUAUCAUGAGGUCGGGGGUUUUUUCGGAUGAUUACCUUGUUGAUCAAUUGCUUACUUUUCUUGCUGCUGGUCACGACACAACCGCAUCAGCGCUAAUGUGGACCACAUACCUACUCUCCCUGUGCUCCGAUGUUCAAACACGUUUGCGAGCCGAAUGUGAUGAUCGCUUGGCCAACAGACCAGAGUCCGACAUCAGUGCAUCAGACUUCGAUGCUGAGGCAAUGCCGUAUCUCACCGCCGUUUGCAACGAAGUACUGCGCCUGUAUCCUACUAUUCCUGCCACGCCUCGUGAAGCCGUUAGACAUACCAAGAUCGGAGAUCAGUCCAUCCCGAAGGGGACUUCUGCUCUGAUUUGUCCUUGGGCCAUCAAUCGCGACAAGACUCUCUGGGGCCCCGAUGCGGACACCUUUGAUCCUGACAGAUGGCUAGAGGGAUCGAACGCAGCACAUGGCGGCGCACAAAGCCACAAUGACUUUCUCACGUUCUUCACUGGUCCUCGAAGCUGCAUCGGUCGGGAGUUUGCCCGUUUGGAAAUGAAGUGUUUGCUAGCAACCUUUGUUAUGAGGUUUAAAUUUGAUUUAGCAGACCCGAAUGAGAAGAUAGAAGUCGGUGGACUUUUCAGUAUCAAACCGGUUCCAGGAAUCAAGUUGAGGCUGUAUGAUCUCCAGAGCGGGAACAAAGCAUGA